CUUCAGACUCAGAGACGGCUGAGCACCACAGCACAACUCACUUGGACCUCACUCUUCCCUCAAGGAAACAUAUCGAUUGAAAAAAAUCUAAAGAGCAUGUACGUGUUAAUGUUAAGUCAACAUAAAAUUUCUAAAGACUUGUAUUUAACUGAUGGCGAUGUUUCCUGAGGCGCACGACGUAUUAUUGGAGACGGAGAGGUGAAUGCGCUGUCUGAGCAUCGGUUGUCAAAUCUAAGGACAGCCUGGUAUUUCUCCAAACUCUAGCAUGCCAUGUGAUAAAUGGAUUCGCUCAGCUUAAUCAAUGGCUCCUCUGGGAGCAAAGACUUGUCCAUCGGGGAAGAUUCAUCUGACUUGAUCCUGAACCACCCUCUGCUGGAGCUGGGGGACAGCACUAAGCUGCUGGGCGUCCAGGUGGUUCUGAUCUUGGCGUACUCCACCAUCAUCCUCCUGGGCGUUGUGGGUAACUCUCUGGUGAUUUAUGUGGUUUACAAAUUUAAGACACUCCGUACCGUCACCAACUUCUUCAUUGCGAACCUAGCCGUGGCCGAUCUGCUGGUCAACACGUUAUGUCUCCCGUUCACGCUGGCUUACACUCUCCUCAGGGAAUGGAAGUUUGGACAAGUGCUUUGUUUCACUCUGCCGUACGCUCAAGGUCUGGCCGUUCACGUCUCUACAAUUACACUCAAUGUGAUUGCGCUGGAUCGGCACAGGUGCAUCGUUUACCACCUAGACACGCGAAUGUCAAAGGACACCUGCUUUCUGGUUAUUGCCAUCACCUGGGUGGUAAGCGCCGUCCUGGCGAGCCCCUUGGCCAUAUUCAGGGAGUAUGGGAUUGUAGAUCUUUCUCCAGAUAACUCCAUCGAGGUCUGUGGAGAGAAAUGGCCUGACAGUAGUACAGACAGCACUCUAUACUCAAUCUCCACGCUGUUGCUGCAAUAUGUGUUGCCUCUGGCAAUCAUCUCUUUUGCCUACAUCCGUAUCUGGAGUAAACUCCGCAAUCAUGUCAGCCCGGUUGGUCGCAAUGACAGGCACCAUCGUCGCCGCAAGACCACCAAGAUGCUGGUAACCAUGGUUGUUGUGUUUGCUGUCAGCUGGUUGCCUUUCCAUGCCUUCCAGCUCGCCAUUGACAUUGACCACAGUGUGCUAGACAUGAAGGACUUCAGGCUUCUUUACACUGUUUUCCACAUAGUGGCGAUGUGCUCGACGUUUGCCAACCCAUUGCUGUAUGGUUGGAUGAACCGAAACUACCGCAGUGCUUUUGUUGCAGUCUUCCGCUGCAAGGAACGGCUUGAUUCAUUGCACACCGAGGGCCAGCCUCCCGCCGCUGUUCGCAGCAAACCCAAAAAGGCUCUGGAAGCACAAGAUAUGGUGACAACACAUCUGAAUGCAACAGAUGUCUGAGGUCAAUAUGAGCUCAGAGGUGUGGAGGAUUCAGUGGGGAACUCGAUUAUGAUUUAUGUGGUCUCCAAAAUGAAGACGCUUCGUACCGUCACCAAUUUCUUCAUGGCUCACCUCGCCAUGCUCAAUCUGCUUGUCAUCUCGGUGUGACUACCAUCUGUGCUGGCUUACGCUCAACUGUGAGAAUGGAGUUUGGAUACGCUGAAAUGCUUCGUUCUGCUGUACGCUCAUGGUCUCCAGGUCCAUCCAUUUUGUUGAAUUAAAUUUCAACUUCACGACAAUUUGACUUGUCUAUAUUCUGCGUGUUUGAAGGAUCUUCUCAUCAUCUUCAUUAUUGCGUCUUUAUAAUGUAUGGUGUGAUUAAAUGGGAAAUAUAUAUAAUCUUUGUGCAAGAACAUUUGAACAUAUUUCUGGAUGUAAAGAUGCCUGUACAUAGUUUUAUUCAUCGCGGAAGAAGCUUUCGGUGUUAUUGUGCAGCAAAUUCAUGCACCUUAGAUCUUCAGCCUUACAUCGGCUCUGUAAUUCUGAAGCAGCCAUCAUCUCGCGUGGACGUACACUCCAGGCCGUGCACUCAAAUGGCUCUGGAAGGUGUUAACAGCAAAUUGCCUCUCCUUUCAUCCGAAAGUAAUUUGCACAGAGGAAUAGUGUGACGGCACUCCACCAGACUAACAAAGACGAAGAUGUUUCAACCCCUACGGUAUGAAUGUUUCCACACAAAGAUCUGUAUUAUUUUCUUCAUUAAACCUUAAGGGAUGUUCUGUCAGUUGGAUGCUUAAAAUAUACGAAUGUGUUUCACCUAGAGUAUACAUCACAAGGAAUUUGACUCUACUCGAUGGAUUGUUCACUUUUUGAAAACAUAACCAUAGUGGUGGAUUGGCUUGAGCAGAUAUGAUAACGUAAAUGUGAACAACAUAGAAGUGGGGGAAAAAAUACAUUGUACUUGUAAUGCAAAUGUGCUUUCUACUGUAUGUUGUUUACUUCUGUAAAGCUGUCACCUUUGUAAUCACCACUAUACCAGUUGAAUGUAAUUACAUUGCAAAUCAAUAUUCUCCUGUGUAAAAGAACCAUCCAAUGCACACAGUAUAAAUAGAUAUAGAGUAAUUAAUCUGCAGAAUUACUGCUAGCACAUUAGGGUGUAUGAUGUCACAUCCUCCACGUGAAAAAAAAACGUCCUAUGUUCUCCAGUUCCCUGAAAGAAAAUCGAAACACAAAGCUGCUUUUAAAAAAAGAAGAAGAAGAUGACUCAUACAAUUUAUGGGAUUACUUGCCCAUUUCUAUUGACAUGGAAGGUAUAUGCUUGUUCAGCCUGCAACUAAAUGACUUCGUUUAACCGACAUUGAUGGCAGGAAAUGAGAAUGCCAGGUUUAAUUAGUACUGUGGGUUUCUGUGGGGAUCCCACUUCAAUUUGGGAUGCGGAUUGAGGAUUAUUCAUAAGAAAUUGCAGUGUUGAACUGCGAUGGUUUCAUUUAUUUAUUUUUUGUUAAAGGAAUUUUCUCAACUUAUUAAAA